ACCGCACUAAUUAAAUUCCAUCUGGGUUGUUCCUCGGGGUGUUUUUGAGCCCGCCACCCAACUCAAGCCGGCAGAGAGGCCAAGGGACAAGCAUGAUGAUGGACCUUUUUGAAACUGGCUCCUAUUUCUUCUACUUGGACGGGGAGAAUGGAGCCUUGCAGCAGCUGGAGAUGGCAGAGGGGUCCCCACUGUACCCAGGCAGCGACGGCACCUUGUCCCCGUGUCAGGACCAAAUGCCACCAGAGGCCGGCAGCGACAGCAGCGGCGAGGAGCAUGUGCUGGCCCCCCCGGGGCUGCAGCCCCCCCACUGCCCCGGCCAGUGUUUGAUCUGGGCUUGUAAAACUUGCAAGAGAAAGUCGGCCCCCACGGACAGACGGAAAGCAGCCACCCUGCGGGAGAGGAGGAGGCUGAAGAAGAUCAACGAAGCCUUCGAGGCUCUGAAAAGGAGGACUGUGGCCAACCCCAACCAGAGGCUGCCCAAGGUGGAGAUCCUGAGGAGCGCCAUCAGCUACAUCGAGAGGCUGCAGGACCUCUUGCACAGGCUGGAUCAGCAGGAGAAAAUGCAGGAGAUCGGGGGGGACCCCUUCAGCUUCAGCCCCAAGCCGGGCAAUAUCCCCGCUUCGGACCUGCUGAGCACCUGCGGCUCCGAGUGGAGAAGCGCUUCGGACCAUUCCCGGGCCCUGGGAGCCAGCCCCAAGGAAGGAGGCCCCAUCGCGGAGUCGUCGGCCACCAGCAGCCUCCGCUGUCUCUCCUCCAUAGUGGACAGCAUUUCUUCCGACGAGCCCAAACUGCCCAGCGCCGAGGAGGUGGUGGAGAAAUAAAUGCGGUUGCUCUGGUAGUAACGGGGAUGGAGCCCCCACCCCCUUCCCUCUAAACUCAGUAAUGAAGCAAAUUAACACAGUGGAAAGCCCAGGCAGAGGCCUUGCUAAGGUCGAGUCAAGGCACAGCUAUCCCAAAGAAAACGGCCCUCAUCGACUCGAACCAAACAGACUUUCCCUUUUUUCUUUCCUCUUUUUUUUUUCCUCCUGAGUUUUGUUUUCUAUAAAUUGUGUAGCGUUGACCACCCCCCUUCUUUUUUCGUGUGUGUGUUUUUUUUGUUUUGAUUUGUUUUGUUUUGUUUUGUUCUGUUUUGUUCUGGGUAUUUUUGUGGUUGCUGUUUUUUGGGGGGUUUUUUGGUUUUUUGUUUUUGUUUUUUUUUAAUUUAAGAUACUUACCUGUAUACCGGUGAAACGCUUUGUCUAAGACUCACCGGGAACUUCAUUCCUGUCUGAGUGAAGCUGUGGCUGCAUUUCGCGUCAGUCGUAUUUAAAGGGUUCCCGUCUCGUUUCGUUCCUGUAAAUAAUUUUAGUACUGUCUUUUCUUUUGUAAACAUAACAAAGAUAUAUUUAAAUGGUGGAAUGUGAUAUUGUAUAUAAGAACAGACGGAUUUCUUGGGUUGUAAAAUAAAGCUCUUUGU